UUUCAGUAUAAUAAAUAUGAUCAGUCAGAGCCAGUGUUUCGCAUUCAUUGGCACCGGAAUGAUGUGGCGCGCUCUGUUCUCGAUCGCCUUGAUCGUCGGAGUCUGCGGUUCUCAUAUGGAGGGACCAUCCAUUCGCAGAAGGGAGCUUCACGAACCGAAAAUUAAUUUGAACGAGUAUCCCAGUUAUGAAGAUAUAAUAAAGUUCUUGAGGGAUUUCGCUUGGGUUCACAGAAACCGGAUCCAUCUGAGAAAUGUGGGACAAUCGUACGAGAACCGGACGCUACAGGUGGCGGUAAUUUCCAAUGGGGACGGUAGACCGAAUAAAAAGGUUAUAUUCAUUGAUGCCGCCCUUCUUGGGAGGGAGUGGCUCUGCCCCAUCACAGCUCUUUACGUUAUCCACCAAUUGAUUGUGGAGUACCAGACCAAUUCGCACCUGUUGGACAACUACGACUGGAUGGUACUGCCCCUCGCCAAUCCGGAUGGAUACGAGUAUUCCAGAAAUAUUGACAGCUACUGGGCUAUUACCAGAUCCCAAAAUAAUGAACACUGUUAUGGUACGAAACCGAAACUUCAACUUCCUCUGGGGCGAGGGACAUCCGGCGUUGAAGGAUCCCUGCAGCGAUGAAUUCGCCGGCAGUGAACCUUUUUCCGCGCCAGAGUCGAGGACAGUGCGCGACAUUAUGGAUGAGCUGGUGGAAUCUAAUCGUGGAUUUAUGUACCUCUCUCUGCAAUCGGCCAAUCGAUCGAUUUUAUAUCCGUGGAUAUAUGAACCUAAUGCAAUAAACAAAAAUAUAAAGCACCAGCAGAUUGCCAAGUAUGCCGCCGAUCGCAUACAUAAAAGCACUGGUACACGGAUUAAAGAUGAACCCAUUUACUUCUUCGGAAAAGGAACCAGCUUAAGCUACGCUUACAAAUUGGGAUUUCCCUUGUCCUUUGUAUUUGAUAUGUCCGGAAUGAAUCGGAGUGGAGUGGAUCACAAGUUCUUCCCGCCGAACGGGCUGAUUCGCGAAUUAGUUGAAGAGUCUUGGUUGGGAAUUCGGUCGCUGACCGAAAAGGCGAUGGAACUAUCCUGCAACUAUGGAACUAUCCUAAGACCUACACGGAAACCUACACGAAAACCAAAACCUAAGCCUACAGGAAAACCAACACGAAAACCUACACCUAAACCAAAACCUAAGCCUACAGGAAAACCUACACGAAAGCCUACACGAAAACCUACAUCUAAGCCAAAUUCAAAAACAGAUCAAAAGCAGUUAACACAAAAUGUUACCUUACUUCGCUCUUCAUCUGAAAUCUACCAAAUUGUUCCAUUACUUAAUAGCACAAUUCUGAAACAAAAUAAAUAAAAAGAGAAAAUACAAAGUAUUAGUAAAAUAAGUAUAAUAA